CUGUCCUCGAACCCCUCUUCCCGUAUACCAAAAGCCAAGCUUGUUCACAGAACUUUCAUACCUUGACCUUCCCAAAGACAAGUGGGAACGAAACAGUCCACGGCCCUCACCACUCCACUGAGGCACAUCGACCACAGCCUGACGGAGCACAUUCCGGUGAACAUCGCCUUCUCAACUUAUAAUGGAAAGACCGCAAUUCCCUCAGCCAUUCACAUUUCCAAGCGGUCCACACCCCACUUCGCCACCAAUGACGCCAGGCCAUCAUUCACACAUACGCAUUACGCCACAGGCAAGCCACACGUCUGCCUCGUACAAGCGAAUGGGCUUCGCCAUGCUUGAUCACUCCCCUCCAUUGGAGCACAUCCAACCCAUUGGCCAAGGUCCACAUUUCUCAUACUCGCGGCCGCAGUCAACAACCGUUUCCUCUCGAGCAUCGACGGCAUCCGGCCCAGGAAACUCAACCAAUGAGCAAUCCUCUGAAGACGACGAAAGUGGACCCGAGGAGGAAAAUGGCAGCAAUCAAGCGCAGCCAUCUCGGAGGGUGGAACAUGCCGACUUCGUGCUCGAGGAGCUGGAUAGCGAUCCCGACUAUGACAGUGACAUAGAAGUCGUGCGCCCAGAUCACUAUGAAGAUGCCAAGAGCGAAAAGAGCGGAGGGAGACUGGAAGAUAGCGGAUUGCUACACAGAUUCCAAGACCUCCGAUGCGAACAUAGUUCGUCAGACGAGGAGGAGCAGCAACGACUCUACAGGAGGAAAAAGAAGCGAUGGAGCGCCGGCAUCUACAACAAACGCACCCACAGCCAGAGCAUCGAAGGUGAUAGCAGUUACUCCGACAAUGAUCCGCUCGACGAUGUCGAUUCGAGCGCUCGACGCCUUCGUCGCCGGGUUCGAGGGCCAGGGGACCGGUCUUCUCUCUUAUUCGAGGACAAGGGCGUGUCGAACACCAACAACAUUGCAGAGGUGGAGGAGCCGGAGGACGGUCAUGUUAUACCCCAUAUCCAAGGGCCGCCAUCGAUACCUUCCGACGAUGCCUUCACCCUGGAUGAACUUCCCUUUUAUGUUACUGGGGAACCCAUGUAUGAUCUCGAAUAUGAGUCUGUAUGAGAUGUCGCGUUUGGUAACGACAUGUUUCACGUUUCUUGUCUUUUAAGUUAUGCUGUCGACGUCAUCCUGAAAUAUAGUUUGGGCGUACUCAUGGACAUUGGUCAUUAUCUCUGAGCAUAGUUAUUUUGCAUUCAUCUCUCACGUGCUCCAUGAGGAGCUGUUAGCCAUUGCGACUAUGCCUAAUCUAUUACUGUUCAUAUCACUCUCAU